GUUUCUUGUUUGUGCUUUCAGAAGCUGAGGAUUUUUCACUAGGUACCUUAGCCUGUCUCAUCUUGCAGCAUGUCGUAUCCUGGCUAUCCUUCAUCCGGCUAUCCUCAAUCGGGUGAACAGUCUGGCUAUCCACAAACAGGGGGACAGUACCCGUACCCUGGUGGUGCUGGGGGUGCGUAUCCACCCGGUGCUGGGGGUGCAUAUCCACCUGGUGCUGGGGGUGCGUAUCCGGUGGGUUCUGGGGGUGCAUAUCCAGCUGGUCCGGGCGGGGCCUACCCCCAGGCGCCGGGACCGGGCGGGGCCUACCCCCAGGCGCCGGGACCGGGCGGGGCCUACCCCCAGGCUCCGGGACCGGGCGGGGCCUACCCCCAGGCUCCGGGACCAGGCGGGGCCUACCCCCAGGCUCCGGGUUCAUAUCCCCAGCCACCAGCUGGAGGUUAUCCCCAGGGAUCUGGUGGCCCUUAUCAGUCUGGUGGUGGUACUUACCCAGCAUCAGGGGGUUACCCUGCACCCCAAGGUAACCAGUCAGGAUGGGGAUCUGGCGGCUCUGGAUAUCCAUCUUAUCCCACAGGUCCAGGUGGCCCUGGCUCUGCCCCUGGUUAUGGAGGAGGUGGCCCUGGCUCUGCCCCUGGUUAUGGAGGAGGUGGCCCUGGUUCUGCCCCUGGUUAUGGAGGAGGUGGCCCUGGCUCUGCCCCUGGGUAUGGAGCCCCAGGUUAUGGAGGAGGCCCUCAGCCUGCUGGACAAAACUACUCUGGUGGUGGUGCUCCUCCUUCAGGAGGGUAUCCGUCUGGUCCAGCACCCGGCUCGACUGGCCCACAGCCAACCCCAUCACAGCCUUCAAUGCCGAAUAUUGGAGGCCUUACGAUUGGGGGUGCGACACAGGGCACUAUUAAACCUGUUGCUAACUUCAACGCACAAGCUGAUGCGGAGAUUCUGCGUCAAGCCAUGAAAGGAGCAGGGACCAAUGAACAAGCAAUAAUUGACGUUGUCUCCAACCGCUCAAAUGAUCAAAGGCAGAAGAUCAAAUUGGCUUUCAAGACCCUCUAUGGCAAGGAUUUGAUUAAGGACCUGAAAUCAGAACUGACUGGAAACAUGGAGGAGAUCAUUCUAGCCCUCUUCAUGCCUACCACUUACUACGAUGCAUGGAGUCUGAGAAAAGCCAUGGAGGGAGCUGGAACACAAGAUCGGGUUCUGAUUGAGAUCCUUUGCACCAGGGGUAACCAGCAGAUCCGAGACAUUGUGCGCUGUUAUAAGGAGGAGCUGGGUCGAGAUUUGGAGAAGGAUUUGAAGAAGGAUACGAGCGGCCAUUUCAGGAGAUUGCUGAUCUCCAUGUCUCAGGGCAACCGCGAUGAGAAUCAGUCGGUGGACAUGGCAAAAGCGACUGCAGAUGCAGAGAGACUAUUCCGGGCUGGGGAAGGGAAGCUUGGCACAGACGAAUCGACCUUCAACAUGAUUCUUGCAACUCGCAGCUUCCCCCAGCUAAGGGCAACUAUCCAGGAAUACGGCAGGUUAUCUAAAAGGGAAUUGCUGAAAGCUGUUGACCGGGAGUUUUCGGGAGAUGUGCGUGAUGGAAUGCAUGCUAUUGUUCAGUGCGUGGUCAACCGCCCAGCAUUCUUUGCUGAAAAGCUCUACAAGGCCAUGAAAGGCGCUGGUACCAGUGACUCUACUCUCAUCCGAUGUAUUGUCACUCGCAGCGAGAUUGAUCUUGUUCAAAUCAAGCAAGCGUUUUGGGAGAAGUACCAGAAGACUUUACGUUCGAUGGUGGAGAGUGACACGAGCGGAGACUACAAACGUUUGCUGGUGUCAAUUAUUGGGAACUAAUUCUGAAAUUAUAGCUUCUGGGUGACUUAGAGUUUCUCUUAACAAUUGCAUCAAUCUUGACUUCAUUAUUAGUGAAAGGAGAAAGAGACAACAUUCCUUCUUGAAUCAUUUCUCACUUGAUAAAUUUGGUCUACUUAAGUGAUGAUAUGACAUAAUGUCCCACACGAAGCCAUUUUAAUGUUAGACUUUCCUGUCCAGCCAAAGGUAGCUGGAUGGAAACUCUUCCUGCUGAAGCUACUUGGCUGACGCAAUCAGCUACCCCACCUGACAGGAGAACAAUCUGCUCACAGUCACUUUCCAUAAUGGAGAGAACAAAUCCAGGCAUUUGGAAUAAGCUUCUGGUAGUCCAUGUGGGAUUUCAAACAGUGGGUUAAUAGUUAGUUAAGUGUUAAACAGCUUUCAGUGCUGUUUAACACUGUUAACUAACUAUUAACCCAAAGUGGAUGUUCUGGUGACAAGUGCUAAGUAAUAGUUUGUGCUGUAAUGGUAAGAUUGUUUUCUUUUUUUUAAAUGAAACAAAAGUAUGAAUUGAUUUUGCUUCCUAUUUCACCUUAUCUGCUCAUGGCCCAUUAUUGAAUUGCAGUACACCCACGUGCCAGUUUUUACUAUUCUACAAUUUCUUUCCCUCACUUCUACUGAGGAUGUCUGGACUGCAGCUACAGGAAGUAGCUUAGAGUUUUCAAUACUACCUCAAACAGUGCUCUCGUCUCUCAUGAGUUUUCUCAACCUAGUCAGUGCAUCAUGUGGAAAGGUUUUGACUUGAUCAAUGUGAAGAAAUAUUGUCUCUGAAAUUUCAAAUAUAAGAAACUGUUAAAAAUUGGGAAUAUUUCUGAACAGUGGUAUCAUUAAUCCUGUGGGGUCUAGUAAUUUGAAUUGUCAUAAGAUUGUAUUCAGUUGUAUUCCCUGAAAUUGUUAAUGGAUGAAAUAUGUUCACCCUCCAAACAUGACGUUGAUUGCAACACAAUGCUAUAGACUUGCAUACUAAUGAUGGAGAUAUGCUGCGGAGGUCUCUUCAAAGGACCUUCAUUCCACCCAAUAUAGCUCAAAAUUUGGCUGAAUUCUGAAAGCAAUCCACUGGAGAUGCUCAUCUGUUGAAAUAAAAACAGCUGCAGCACUGAAGAUCUGAACAGAAAAACAAUGUUAAGUUUUUCUCUCUACAGAUGCUGUCAGAACUCCUGUGUUUCUCCAGCUUCAUUGCCUUGCUCCCUAUGAACCUGUGCACUUCACUGCUUUAUUCUCAGCUUGGUGGCAGGGUGGCAUGUUAUCUGCACUAAAAUGUAUUUAAAAAUUCUAUAUUAAUAACAUAUAUUUACUCUACAAUAUAGCUCUCACUUAUACAAUAUUUGCCUUAUAUACUGAAUGCAAUUCUAUUUUAUAUUUCUAAAGUAGAAAAUAAAGAAUAUAAUCCUUGUUCCUGCACUUUGAUUGUAAAUGUGUCUCUUCUACAAUGAGGGUCAGUGGGUUGUGAAUUUAGUGUGUGUCACCCUUACUGGGUCUGAGCAUUAAAUUUGUAAUUUUGUUUUCUGUCUGGAUACUGGUAGACUUCCAGAACUCAAGUAUGCUUCUUAUUAUUAUUUCACUUGAUUUUGAAAGCUUUUGACCUAUCGUGAAGUAGUCUCUCUUUUCUAUCACGUCGUAUCACCUCCCCUCCCACAGCAACACUGCAUGAAUCUGUCCCACUUCUCAUCCAGGAAUGGGUAGUAAAGACCAUUGAUUUGCAGAAACGCUAGUAUUUGCUAAACUAGUGCUCAGGGAACAGAAGAGGAAAUUGGAGGCUGUGGCCUAGUAACUUCUCCCAGGAGCUUGCGGUUGCUCUCUUGUGACCCCUCCUGGCAAGGGCUGGGUUAUUAUUUUGAAUCUGAUGAAAUGAAGGCUGGAUGACUUGAGUAUGGAACAUUGGCUUUACCCCAUGGACUUGUGAAUCACUGCAACCACUAACCAGCCUUGAACGGUGGGCCACACUGUAACCAGUAAUCCUGAUUUAUCAUUGCUCAUGCUGGAUUAUAGUUUUCUACUUUAAAAUUAUGUUGCCAAUAUUCUUAGAUGUUUUUAAAAAGUUCAAUGUCAGUAAAAUGAAAUCACUUAAAAAUGCUCAUGGCAGGAAGCUGUACAAGAAUUUGUGCAUCCUGAUCUGAUGCUGGUUCAAAUUGUCAAAUGUUUUGCCAAUAGUGAAAUAAAAGUGACCUUGAACUGUGUA